CCAGAAUCUCAGAAGAGAUUCUUCCAAUCUAUCGGAAGCGAUUUCUCCACAAUCUCGGGACCUGCGAAAGAGUUUAAAUGACUCGGAUCACGCCGCAGGAAAAAUCCCUAGAUGAUCAUUCGCCCCUAAACGUCUAUAGCAUCUUUGGAGACUGUUUGUAGACAUACCAGAAAGAAGAAUAGGAAAUCAAAUUUAAUAUAGAAAAAGCCUUCUUGAAGCAAUAGUCAUCAGACUAUGUUUUAAGCGUGGGCUCCCCAAUCGGGUUUUCUUUCAAUUUGCAAUUGUUCUAUUAUUUUAUUUAAAGUUCACAAGCCCGAGGACAUUUGCUUGCAAUAAAAACUGUUCAUCAUUUUCAUGGUAAUCUCCCCCCGAUAUUACCAGCCAUAUCGCAUAAUAUUUUCUCUCGAAGCCCACAUCCCGACGUGGGGUGAAUCCUAGAGUUUUCCCAUCCGUGCACUAGAGAGUGGCUUGCCUGCCGGAGACCUGUCCGCCUAUACCAUGCCUACUAUCCGACUUUCGUAUUUUCUCACAUCCAUUGAGUGCGAGCAACCCAGGCAGCCAGCCAGCCUGGAAGGAUUUUAUUUAUAGAGAUAUACCCAGCCAGCCAGCCGAGCCAGCCAAUAUGCAAUGGCAUACGGCAAAGUUAGUGCAGCAAGUGCAUAAAGGUCUGUUGGGGGCAACCCUACGCCACUGGUAUCCGAUAGCGCACAACCUCGCGCUUCUGUCCGUCAAAGGUCUGUCAAACGCUGAUAGACGUCAGUAACCAAAAUUUCUUGCCAAUCAUCCUCAACACCAUUCUUUGCGCUACACAAAAAAGGCAGAGUUAGAAGUUAUUUCUUGAUUUGUUUAAAUUAAGCCUAUCACUAUAUUGUCAAACAUAAACUGAAAUCGAAACUAGGAGACCAAUUUUUGAGCUCACUUAACCACAAAAACGGUGUGCUACAAAACCCUCCGAAAACGUCCGAAACGUUCCAACAAACUCAAAAAUUGUUGCGAAUCACAUCGGAACAGGCCAAUUAGGAUGCCGGAGACCGACUGUUUCGAUUGUCAGGUGUGUGAAUUGCCCAACAACAUAGACGAUAUGGUGCAAUGCGAAGGCUGCCUCAAGUGGUCGCAUUUCGGAUGUGUGGGAUUCGACGACGGGAAGAAGGAGGACCACUGGAAGUGCUCGGAUUGUGUCGCCAAGUCAACAUCAUGUGGCGCCGCCGGAGAACCCAGUGGACUAGCCCGUAGCGAGCAGCAGCAAUCAAACGGCUCACCUCAGGGCGCAGGAUCGAUGAGUGAGAUUGCCCGGCUUAACCUCAAACUGCUAGAAGAGCGAAAGGCCGUCUUGCUUAGGGAGAUCGAACUACAGCAGGCGGCCCAGCUGGAGCAGCGGAAGCUACAGUUGGAGAAGGAGGUUUGGAAGGCGAGGUACGACAUAGUGAACGGGAGAUGUGAAGAAACCAGCGUUGAAGCGGAAUCCAGUGGUCUUGGAGACUGGAUGAGUCGGUUGGACCAGGUCGCUGUCAGCCAGAAUCAGCAAUUCUCUGCUCCGGCGAGUACGGUGACGGUCCCGACGAUUUCUGGGACAAGGCUGCAGCAACCCUCAGCUGGGGGAACAAGACCAACACCGCAAGUUGUGCGGACAAGCCUACCGACUAGCACGUCUGUCUUCGGGAGCGAAUCAGGGUCAAUUUCCCAACCACCUUUCAACGCGCCGGCUUCACAAGCUAACCGAGCCCCCCUACCUGCGAGUGCGUAUGCGGCGGGACAAGCUACCAGUUUUAUGCGUGAUUUCCAACCUGGAGGAGGAGCGAACCGUCCGGGAUCGUCGACGCCGAUCACUAAUGCGAAUUGGGUCAACCCUAUGACGGGUCUCACCAGCUCCACCCAGUGUUUGCCACCAUCCAUCAGCUCGGUGGAACAGCUAGGAAGCCACCCGAUGCAAUCGGGAUACGUAAGCCAACCGUGUCAGGUAACGAAUAGCAUAAGUAAUUACGUACCAGUAGGGCAGGUAGCUUAUCCGCAAUAUGCUAGUGUAGGGCUAGGUAAUCUCCAUUUGGGUUCAAUAAACGCACCUAAAUCCUACACUCCUCACCCCCUCCCAACGAAUCUUCCUCAAAACAACCCAUACAUCUCGCAAGCGUCUUUCGGUGCUCAAACCAUUCCCGCCGCGAAUGUCGACAACUCGACUCCGACCGCUCGACAACUCGCCGCGCGGCACGUUAUGCCAAAAGAUCUCCCGUCGUUCAGUGGUAAUUCAGAAGAGUGGCCAAUGUUCAUUAGUGCCUUUAACACUUCCACGGAAGCGUGCGGAUACAGCAACGUAGAAAAUCUUGGCCGACUUCAACGAUGCCUGAAAGGUGGGGCCUUGGAGGCGGUUCGCAGCCGUUUACUACUGCCUUCAUCGGUGCCGCAAGUGAUUCAGACGUUGCAGAUGCUGUAUGGGCGCCCGGAGCAAAUAAUCUACGCGUUGCUCCAGAAGGUACGAGAGGUUCCGGCACCGAAAGCGGACAACUUGUGCACGGUUGUGGCCUUUGGGAUGGCAGUGCAGAACUUCUGCGAACAUCUGGAGGCGGCUGGACAAGUGCUACACCUCUCAAAUCCAGUGUUACUUCAGGAGCUCGUGGAUAAGCUUCCAGCGAAUUUGAAGCUCGAGUGGGUAGCAUUCAAGCGGCAGUUUGCGAUGGUUGACCUUCGGGUUUUCAGCCGAUACAUGGCCAAUCUUGUGUCAGCAGCCGCUGAAGUCACCCUAACGUUGGAUCCGAAGAGUGCAAAGCUGAAGAAGGACGAGAAGCCGAAAGGCUUCGUGAACGCACAUGCUACGUCAUCUGAGAAACCAAAAGUGGAGCCGACGAAGGUGGUUUCCACAAUCACCUGUCUUGCCUGUGGGGAUCCAGAUCAUCGAGUGAAGGAGUGCAAGGUCUUCAAGAAGAUGGAUCCCGAUGACCGUUGGAAAGUGGUCCAGAGCCAUUUUCUCUGCCGGAUCUGCCUCGGAAAGCAUGGAAGAAAGCCAUGUCGGUCCGCGGCUCGUUGUGACGUGCAAGGCUGCCAAAUGCGUCAUCAUCCGCUCCUGCAUUCCGAGUCGGGAAAUUCAUCGGCCGCAGCUAAGCCGGCGCCACAAGGAGGGGAGGUGCCACGGAAAAGUCCUACCGAAGGUGUAAACACUCAUCACACCCAAAGUUCCACGCUGUUCCGUAUGCUGCCGGUGCGGCUUUUCUGCAAGGGACGUAGUGUGGAAACAUUAGCCUUUAUCGACGAGGGUUCGUCCGUCACGCUCUUGGAAAAGAGCCUAGCCGAUUCUCUUCAGGCCGAAGGAGCGGAGAUGCGUCUCUGCCUAACUUGGACGAGUAAUAUCAGCCGCGAAGAGGAAGGUUCGCGUCAAGUGGAGGUGGAGAUUUCUGGUAUCGGAGGAGGCAAACGAUAUUCGUUGAAGGACGUCCGGACUGUGGAAUCCCUAGCGCUACCGGCCCAAACAUUGCGCUACAAAGAACUGGCUGAUCGUUUCGACCACCUGCGAAAUCUGCCAGUUACGGACUUCGAAUCCACAACCCCAGGAAUACUCAUCGGAGCAAAGAAUACCCACAUCACCGCCACCCAACAAAUACGAGAAGGUCGCGUAGGAGAACCAAUAGCGGCGAAGUCUCGCCUUGGAUGGGCAAUCUACGGAUCGAUGCCAAACGGAUCAAGCUUUGCGAGUUGCAAUUUGCAUAUUUGUGGGUGUGGUGCUGACGAUAGUUUGCACGAACUAGUCAAGAAGUAUUUCACAGUGGAAAACGUGGGCGUCUCGAUGGAUCAGAGUCCUGAGUCCGACGAGGACAAACGGGCGAGGGCACUGCUCGAAAAGACAACCAGGCGAGUUGAAGGCGGAUUCGAGACCGGGCUACUUUGGCGUUACGACUACGUAGAGUUUCCAGAUAGUUACGCAAUGGCGGCGAGACGGUUACGGUGCCUGGAAAGGCGCUUCAACGCGGAUCCUGUAUUGUUCGAGUGUGUUCAGCGCCAGAUCACGGAGUACCAACAGAAGGGGUACAUUCACCAGGCCACGAGGGAAGAGUUGGCAGCUGUCGACCAGAGAAAGCUGUGGUACCUCCCGGUUGGAAUAGUAAGGAAUCCGAAGAAGCCGAACAAGAUUAGAAUCGUGUGGGAUGCAGCAGCAGUGGUGGACGGUGUCUCGCUAAACAGCAUGUUGCUGAAAGGGCCGGAUUUGGUGCAACCUCUUCCCGACGUUCUUUGCGGAUUUCGGGAACGGAGAAUCGCCGUGGUGGGCGAUAUUAUGGAGAUGUUCCACCAGCUUAAAAUACGGCGAGAAGAUCGAUAUAGCCAGCUUUUUCUCUGGCCCGGUGAAAUCGGAAACUCUCCCCAGAUCUUCGUCAUCGACGUGGCGACAUUUGGCUCCACCAGCUCCCCAUGCUCGGCGCAAUAUGUGAAAAACUUGAACGCAAUCGAGCACUCAGAGAACUACCCAAGGGCGGCGGAGGCGAUCGUGCGUCGGCACUACGUCGACGAUUACCUGCAGAGUUUUGACAGCGAGGAAGAAGCGUGCCAGGUCAUAGAUGAAGUCAAGCUGGUGCAUCGGCAAGGCGGGUUCAUCAUUCGCAACUGGCUCUCGAAUUCAUCCACAGUUCUCCAACGGAUCGGGGAAACCGACGCCGGUUCGAUGAAGAUAGUCAGCGAAAGCGGUUCACAAAUAGAGCGUGUGCUGGGCAUGCAGUGGAAGGCAACUGAGGAUGUCUUCGUAUUCUCCAACGAAGUCGACUUGGCGACCGUUACUCCCACCAAGCGAGGAAUCUUGCGCUGCGUGAUGAGCCAGUUCGACCCGCUGGGACUCCUUUCGCAUUUCCUCAUCCAUGGUCGUGUUAUUAUUCAGGACAUCUGGCGAACCAAAGCCGGUUGGGACGAUAUCGUAGAAGAGCCCAUCUUGGAGCGUUGGCGACUAUGGACGUCGAAGUUCAAGGAGCUCGAGGAGAUUCGAAUCCCACGCGCCUACUUCCCGGGCGUGGCAGCGUCCAACAUUGAAGACUUGCAGCUCCAUAUUUUCGUCGACGGUAGCGAGACUGCAUACGCAUGUGUGGCCUACUUCAGGGCGACCAUUCAGGGAGAAUACCAUUGUGCGCUCGUCGGCGGGAAAGCGAAGGUUGCACCGAUAAAAGCGCUUUCGAUCCCAAGGUUGGAGCUCCAGGCUGCCUUGAUAGGAUGUAGGCUAAUGAAGACCCUCUGCAACAGUCACAGUCUGCCGAUAUCGCAACGAGUGUUCUGGACCGAUUCAAAAACCGUGCUGUCCUGGAUCCAUUCCGACCACCGGCGCUACCGACAAUUCGUCGCCUGCAGGAUAGGGGAAAUCCUCUCGAAAUCUAAUCCCGCAGAGUGGCGGUACGUCCCAUCGAAGGUCAACGUCGCAGACGAUGGCACAAAGUGGGCCAGUGGACCAAACCUGAAACCCGACAGUCGUUGGUUGAAAGGGCCAGAUUUCUUGUGGAAACCUGAGGAAUGUUGGCCACGUCAGGCCGAACCCGAAGCAACCAUCAUUGAAAUUAGAUCAUGUCACGUUCAUCGUUCAACGGAACACAACGAAACCAUCGACUGGAGCCGCUUUUCCAAAUUCGAAAGGCUUAAUCGGACUGUUGCCUAUAUCAUCCGCUUCGCAGACAACUGUCGGCGGAAGGUGAUGAAGAUGCCACUGCAGAACCUGCAUAUCACCCAAGAGGAACUCAAUAAAGCUGAGAACGUCAUCUGGAGGCUGGUGCAACAUGCGGAGUUUCCAGAAGAGAUGUUUCAACUACAGAAGGCGAAAGAAGGGCAGAAGAUGAAGCUGAGCCGAGCCAGCCCGAUCUACAAGCUGUCGCCGUUCGUUGAUGAGUGCGGUGUAGCUCGAAUGGACACGAGAAUUGCCGGUGCGAUCUUCGUACCGUUCGACACCAGAUUCCCGAUAAUCCUCCCAAAAAGACAUCAGCUAACCAAUCUAGUCGUGGAAAGGUAUCAUCGACACUAUCUUCACGCAAAUAACGAGACGGUGAUCAACGAAGUUCGUCAGCGGUUCCACGUCCCGUGCCUACGUGCGCUGGUGAAAAGCUUGUCAAAAACCUGCAUGCAGUGUAAGGUGUCCAGAGCCAAGCCCGUGUGUCCGCGUGAGGCUCCCCUACCGAAGGCGCGCCUUAGUCCGUACAUUCGCCCCUUCAGCUUUGUUGGGUUGGAUUACUUCGGUCCCAUUCAGGUCAAGGUCGGGCGCUCUCUGGUCAAGCGGUGGGUGGCGCUCUUUACAUGCCUCACCAUCCGGGCUGUCCACCUAGAGGUAGUGCAUUCCUUGACUACGGAGGCGUGUAAGAUGGCAAUACGACGGUUCGUAGUACGAAGAGGCGCGCCCCUGGAGAUCAGAAGCGACAAUGGCACCAACUUCCUGGGUGCGAGUCAUGACCUUAAACAGCAGAUACAAGAGAUGAAUCAACAACUAUCCGCCGUCUUCACCAACGCUGCCACCAAGUGGGUGUUCAACCCGCCAUCGGCCCCUCACAUGGGGGGUUCAUGGGAGAGGCUUGUCAGGUCCAUCAAGAUUGCCUUUGCGGCCCUAACGACUACCAGGAACCCGGACGACGAGACUCUUCUGACUUUGAUGAUUGAGGCGGAAGGAAUAGUCAACUCUAGACCCCUGACCUGUGUGCCAUUGGACGCAGAAUCGGAAGCAGCUCUAACGCCGAACCAUUUCUUGCUGCUGAGCUCGCAGGGAGUGACCCACCCGCCGGAGGUUAUUCCAGAUCGCCCGGAGUCUCUCAGGACUAACUGGAGAUUGAUUACGAACCUGGUGAACCAGUUUUGGAAUCGAUGGGUGCGGGAAUACCUUCCCACUAUAGCUGGCCGUACCAAAUGGUAUGAAGACUCCAAGGAGCCGGAGAUCGGAGACCUGGCAAUCAUCGUUGAUCCGUCGAUCCGAAACGGAUGGCUGCGUGGGCGGAUUCUUUCCACAAUCAAAGGACGGGAUGGACGGUGCAGACAGGUCCUAGUGCAAACCAGCGGAGGAGUGCUACGGCGACCGGUAACUAAGGUUGCCAUUCUACGUGUCAAGGCAGCGGACAACGAAGAAGCUGAGGGUAACGCAGGACCACCGGAAGGGAUGGACGUGCAUUACGGGUCGGGGGAUGUUGGGGGCAACCCUACGCCACUGGUAUCCGAUAGCGCACAACCUCGCGCUUCUGUCCGUCAAAGGUCUGUCAAACGCUGAUAGACGUCAGUAACCAAAAUUUCUUGCCAAUCAUCCUCAACACCAUUCUUUGCGCUACACAAAAAAGGCAGAGUUAGAAGUUAUUUCUUGAUUUGUUUAAAUUAAGCCUAUCACUAUAUUGUCAAACAUAAACUGAAAUCGAAACUAGGAGACCAAUUGUAAGUAACAAUGAACUAAUUUAUCUAAGAUUGUGUACUAAUUACAAUUAUUUCUAAUACACAGUUUGAGCUCACUUAACCACAAAAACGGUGUGCUACAAAACCCUCCGAAAACGUCCGAAACGUUCCAACAGGUCACACUGGCUGGAUUGGUACGUGGAACUGCUGGUGGCGAGGGCGAGAGAAGAAUAGUUGAAACGCCGCACUGAGGAACAUUUGAGCGCGCUAGUUGGCCAUAAAUGAUUCUCCAAGUGACUGUGCUGUGAAACAGCACACCGCACCGAUAGUUGUUGAAUAAUGGGUUUGAAAACUAAUUUUGGCCAGCUAGAUUGGCCGAACGCUCCUCCUAGUGUGCCCCGGUGUUAGUGUACUGACGAGCUGGGCGGAAAGAGCUUAGCGGCGUACCAGGGGAUGAAAAUGUUUAAUGCGACUUAGAUGAAUGUUUUCCCAAGGAGGUAUGAUUGGAGUUCAAUCUAAAUAGUUUUGUAGUUUUGAUGAAACAUGUUGUAGUUAGGAGGAGCAUGCUGUAGCUUGUAUAUACUUGAGUUAUAUUUUACCCACAUGACAGAACUUGUAUUAUAGAAUAAGAUGAGGCAUCUGUUAUGGGUCUUCUAAAGAUUCUUCAGUAAACAUGUUGCUAUUUCGCAAGGCCUCGCUGAGAGAGAUUGGGGUUGAUUUCCAUUUAGGCCCAGAAUUCUAUUUGUAGUGGGAACUGUAUUGAGCUCUUUGGGCUUCCAGGACAGUAGAAAACAAAAGUGUCCAAAUGUGUUAAGAAAAAGAAGAAGACGUUGUUUUUCUAUAAUAUCUGUCCGUUAUUUUCGUUGGAAUAUUGAUUAGUAGGGGGAUUCACAUAACAGCGUAAACUGAUUAAACUGAUUAAACGUGGCGAUCAUCAAGGCAAUCUUCGAUUAUUUCAUUCGCAAAAUCAUGAAACAUUUCAAAUAAGCAGAAAAUCAUGGCUUACGCAGCAAUUUAAUCUGUUUAGUGAAUACCCCUAGUAUAUCAUUCUAAAUCAGUA